AUGCCCCCAAAUGGCGCCUCGUUCACGACGCUCAAUCUCCCCGCCAGUUUCGCCCUCCCAGAAUGCAUGGAAUAUUUCUCCUUGACAGCCGGGCCGAACACCGACCUCUGGCGUAAACCGCCCAAUGGCGACAUUUCGACCGCCCCGAUCGUCUACACCUCGCUGCGCAACCCGUUCGUCAUCGCCGAAGUCACCAUCAGCGCCGACUGGGAGAUGGAAUGGGACCAGGGCGGGCUGGUAAUCUUCGCCGGCGCGGCGCCGCAGUCGUUCUCGUCUGAGGGGAUGCCUAUGCCGACAACAGAGGGCUGUCGCGGGCGGCGGCGUACGGUCCGCCCGUGUAAAUGGGUCAAGGCGGGCAUGGAGUUCUGUUCUGGAGCGGUGCACGCGUCCUCGGUGAGUGCGACAGCCGACGGGGCCGACUGGUGUCUGUCGCCGCUGGGGUUACCGGAUCGAGGGCCCGGGGCAGUGCAUUCGCUCCGCAUCAAGCUGGAACGUAUCGGGCAUUCGCUUUGGAUCUGGUACCAGGUACCGGCCGGGUUAGCGGUAGCGAGUGACGCGACGGAGCGAACGCCCGCGGCAGUGACGGGUUCGUGGAAAAAACUGCGCGAGGUGACCUGGUUCUUCUACGGGGUGGAGGAUAAGUUUGUGCAUGUCGGGGUGUAUGCGAGUCGACCGAAUACGUGGGAGGUGAUGCAUGGCGGGAGUCCGGAUGGCGACAGCCCACCAUGCGAUGCCAGCACAUCCGACGAUCACGCCGGCAUGAUGUGCGGCCCAUCAUGGAUCAACGGCGAGGUCCACUUGAUUUGGCCUUCACAUGAUGGCCCCAUUAUGGGUCUGGUCACUCUGGUAACUUAG